UUACCAACCCUUGCGCUUCGCUCGCGACUGUGCAGCAAGAAAAAUCAACGAAAAAAAAUCGGUGCGUGAUUACUCAAGAUUUUUCGAUCGUCGGCAACGAUUUGUCUUUCAGGAUGAUGAUGCAGCAGCAGAAGCAGCGGACGCCGUUGAAUCGGCUCUUAGCUCCAGUUGAAUCGUGCAACGAGUCGGGCCUCGUCGACGUCAGGACAUCGACGCGGAGCUCGUCCAAAUCGCCGAUAAUCAGAAAUCAGAGAACAUUGGAAACGAGGACAAGGACGACGUCGAGCACAUCGAGGGCAGCGGCAGCAGCAGCAGCAGCAACGACAGCGACGACAAAGACGGCAGUGUCGGCGGCGACGACGUGUCCAGCACGGCCAACGUCUUCGAGGCACGUCCAGCGAUCAACGACAUCGGUAGCGCCAAACUCGUCAGUCUCGUCGUUGUCGUCGUCAAGCUGGAACAGUAGUCGCGGGUCAUCGUCGACGUCGACGUCGUCGAGCAUCAGGAGACUGUCCGUGGCCGCCUGGGCCCUGGCGCUGCUGCUAGUGUUGGCGAGCUCGUGCUUCGGAGGCGCCGAGGCCGGCUCCAUCAUGGGCGACUCGUUCAGCAAGCGCAGCUUCAUGGACAUCCAGUGCAAGGGCUUCUACGACAGGAGCCACUUCGCCCGGCUCGAUCGCAUCUGCGAGGACUGCUACAAUCUGUUCCGCGAGCCCCAGCUCCACUCGCUCUGCAGAAACAACUGCUUCACGUCGGAAUAUUUUAAGGGAUGUAUGGACGUGCUACUGCUUCAGGACGAGGAGGCCAAGAUACAGCAAGCGAUCAAGAUACUGCACGGAGCCGAUCCUGGGGUUUAGGCAAAACUGUUUUAGCAGCGAAUACUUCACCAGCUGCAUCCAAGCUUUAUUAUUGGAGGACGAGAAGGAGAAAUUUCAAGAGUUUGCUGAGUAUCUCGGUCGUAGGAAAUAAAAAAACAAACAAACAAAUAAGCAUACAAAAAAAAUCAACAACAAAAAAUCAUCAGUAUCGAUCGUAUGAACUACACACCUCAGAAUAGUUGUAAUGCGGCUUUAAUGGAAUUAGAAAUCUCAAUGUAAGCUUUCGAUAAUACAGAGAAAAUCAGUAAGAGGGAGAGAGUACAUCGACGCUGAAAAGGAAGAAAUCGAAAAUUACACGUGCCUGCAAUGUAAAAGAUUGGCAAGAGCUGCAAAGAGAGAUUGACAAAGGUGAACCGAAUAAAAAAAAAAGGUUUUCGGCUAUUAUAAAAUGAGUGUGUGUAUGAAAAGUGUAACUGAAACAACAAAAGUAAAAAAAAAACAAAAAAAAGUCGUACGGUAGUCAAAAUAUUUAUCCCAUAUAUAAUUAAAGGAAUAAAAUCAUACAAAAAUUCUAGUCGAUGAAUAUAAUAUUAUAUUAUAAUAAUAAUAAUGAAUGUAUAAUAUACAAUAAAUGUAUAUCCGCGCGCGGGCGUGCCGUGCACGAUCACACACGAACAGAAAAACAUUACUCACACCUGCAGAGAUACGCAAACAUAUAGAGAGAAAAAUAGUUAUUGCGGGAGGACUUGCUGAAGAUGGCGAAGGAAAAAAAUUGAAAUUUAAAGAAAAAUUAAUUAGAAGCAUCAAUUAGAAACGCGAUACAACUAAAAAAAAAUUUAAUCAACUAAGACAGGAAAACUGUGCACCGCACGUAUAUCAUUUAUUUUAUUAUAAUGAAUUAGAAUUUUUUUUCUUCAAACAAUGAAUGAAGUAUCUAUAUGACUUAUGCCUAUAUUAUUACUGUGUACAUGAAUUAAUUACUAUUAUAUAUAGUUCACUUUAUUGUAAUAGCUUUUAAAAAGUACUACUACGACUACUACAGCUGUUAUUGCUACUACUACUUUAACUACAGCUAUUUCUAUUAUAUACAAUGGUUUGUUAAGUAACGUAAAAUUAGCAGUUAUUAUUAUUAUUACUAUCACUACAAUACUAUAAUUAUAAUUUUUAAUCUAAUGGUAACUUUUUUGCGUAAGAUAGUUGUAGUAAUUUUGUCAAGAGUAUGCAUUGCUUACAUUUUUUUUAUUUUUCUUUUUUUUUUUUUAAUAGUGUACAAUGUAUAAUGUAUUUUUGCGGCUGAAAAUGUAUGUAUAGUGACGAACUCUGCGCGCGUCGACUGGAUUUCGAGGUGUUUACAUUAUAUGACUAUAAUUAUAUACAUGUAUGUUUCGGGCCAUAAGUGCACGGUAUCUUUCACUUAGAAAGUCUAGUAUUUGAUGUAUAUUACAUUAACAUAACAAAUAUGAAUUAUGUGUGCAAUUGGAGCGUCGAGGUUUACUAUUACUUGGCAUAAUUUAGUUUGUUUCGACAGUGCCUGUGGAGAAGUGAAUGACGGGGGAGAGAACGAGGGUUGACUUCAUUCUUUGAAUUUUUUAUUUUAUUUUUCAAUAAGUUUCGACGCUGUGCCAAACUCGCAUCUUUUCAUUUUUCUCCAAAUACGAACGCAUUCGCCUUUCGAAGCGAUUUAUACAUUUACCUGUAGUAUUUAUCAACUUUAGUGCAGUUAAAAUGCCAAGUAUUAAUUGACUUUAAGUGUAUUCAGGAGAAUAAAAUUGGAUAACUGUGUCACCGAAAUUCCAAUUACUAUGGCGAGCGAGGGAUGAAUCGCAAAAUUAAGCUUUUUCUCUCUGUGUAACAUGUAUAACGUCGUGCAAACAAAAUGAUCAAAAUUAUUAUAAGAACAAAAAAAACAAACAAUUAAACAAAAAUCAGAAAAAAAAAGAAAAAGCAAAACCUGGAAAGAUGUAUUUUCGCGUAACGGGUACAUGAAAAAGAAGAAAGUGUGCGAAUGAAUGAGAGUAAACAUUGCUAGGAUUAAAAGCUAGAAUAUUAAUUGUGUGCGAGGACAAGAGGUGCGAGAAGUAUGAAGAAACGAAAAAGUUUAGAAUAAGUUAAUAAACAGACCAUUCCAUAAUCAGUAUUGUCAAGUCGUUUCGACACACAAAAGCGAAACAACUGCAGCCUGCAUUUUAUUGUUUUUAUUUUAUUAACUUUUCGUUUUUAGUUUUUGUAUACGCAAUAAAAAAGAAAAAAUCCUAAGAAUAUAACUUUUUUUUCUUCUGCAUCAUGAUAUUUAUGAAUAAUUUACCGGUUUCACGCGAUGAGGAGGAUCUUAUCGUUUCACAUCGAUAUUAAUCACCUACAAAUUUGGUCUCAAGCUCGGUCAAUCGUAUCUUUGUCAUAAUCAAACAAUUGUUUUUUAUCUGCUUCAUUUUUUAUCAAUAUCUAAUUGUAUUCACUUUAAAAUAUCGAUCGAGUGAAUUUCAAAAUGAACGACAGUCAAACAGUACCAAUAGUUCAUUUUACAAGUCUCGCGAGACGAAAUACUGCUUUAAGAAAUAACGAGUUCAUAAAGUAAGAAAUAAGACUACACUUAUUUUAUUUUGCAAAUUUGUAGAUUGUAAUUAUACUUUCGAUGGCUGAUAUAUCGAGUCGACUGUUUUUAUUUUGUUUAUAUUAUUUUAUUAUUGCUGCGAUUAUGAUAAACGGUUGAUUAAUUGCACUGGAAUAGCGUGCUUAGUGUAAUUGACUAUGACUUUAUUUUUUCACUAAAAAAAAAAAAUAAAAGGAAAAAAAAUAAGAUUAAAAAAAGCGGAAAAGAAAAAAGAACAUCAGUGCGAGAGUCGAAAUGACAAAUGUGUAUAUAUUAUUAUUCCAUUUGAUUGUACUGAGUAAAUCAAUGAGAUUUUUUGUCCCUUGUGCAUCCUACUAUUAGUAACAUUAUCGUCAUUGCAAUUACAGCUUUUUUUCUCAUCUACAUGUUGCUUUUUACUGGCGUUAUGAUUACUGCGAUAUUUAUAAAUUUUCAUUUAAUGUGAAUUUGAAAUAGCUGAUAUUUUUUGUUUUCUUCCAAAAAUGAUGGGUGAGAUUUCUCCCUUCGAUUAAUUAAAAAAAUUUUACUGAUUGACGCUAAUAGCUACGCUUCGUGUUGAAAAAAAAGAGAGAGCAGAAAAUUAUUCUAUAAUCUAUGUAAAAGAGAAAAAAAUAUUAUGUAUAACACCG